UCCUGUGGUAUUUUGGGUGUCUGGGUGUGUGUGUGUGUGUGUGUGUUAUUCAGGCAUUCGUUAGUAAAGAACUAGGGAAGUGUCACAACAACUAGCUAACCUAGCUCAGACUCCACAAGGAUAACUGUAGUCGUCACGGAUAGUCAAAGCGUGAGAAUCUAGUCCAGGUGGUGGGAUCAUACCCUUGACCACUGCAGCCUUCUUAGACAGAGAGACGUAAGCUUCAAUUUCUGGUUGGAGUCUCUGAAGGGCUGUUUUUUCUGACGCUGAGUCAGUGUUGUGUUUGAUUUAAACAACGGUAUCUGGAACUAAGAGAUUGUGUGUCUAACACACACAUAAAAUCUCUGGGAGAGAGAAAGAGAAGAACAUGGGAGUCGCUAACUCUAGGGACUACCAUCCUUACCACCCCUCACAGUCUCCCAUUAAGGUGGUGCUGAAAAGACGCAAUGAGCCCCUUAAGAAGGAGUGCCCUAAAUGGAAGAGUGAGUACCCUAUGACUGAGGGCCAGCUGAGGAGUAAGAGGGAUGAGUUUUGGGACACGUCUCCAGCCUUUGACGGCAGGAAGGAGAUUUGGGACGCGCUCCGAGCGGCAGCAGUGGCUGCAGAGGUUAACGACCUGGAACUGGCUCAGGCCAUAGUGGAUGGAGCCUGCAUCACACUACCACACGGUACGCUGACAGAGAGUUAUGAUGAGCUGGGGAACCGCUACCAGCUUCCUGCCUACACUCUAGCCCCUCCCACCAACAUCAUCACUGAAUGCACCAAUGAGAGCCAAGCUCCCAAUCUAAAGGAGCAGAAAAAGCCUCCCCCUCCUCCUAAAGAGGAGUUCCAGCUACGAGUACGUCUCUCGUGCGGUAAGGACCUACGUAUAAGCGCCUCCAUGUCAGACUCCAUUUCCCAGCUGAAGACAGCCCUGGAGGGGCAGGAGGAUAUUGAAGCGGCCCACCAACGCUGGUUCUUUGCAGGGAAACUGCUAACAGAUAAGACCCGGCUCCAGGACACUAAGAUACAAAAAGACUUUGUGGUCCAGGUCAUCGUGAACAACUACUCACCCGUAACCAAACUCAUACCAAACUGAGAGAGAGAGGUGACGCAAGGCCUUGUUUCACUCCUCUGGAAGUUAAGAACACCAGGGUUGUGUUCAUUAGCGCACACUGUAGGGAAACGUUUUGCAACAGAAAACAAACAUGUUUUUAUUGUACAUGUUCAGAUAGUUCCUCCAAGUUUCGGACCACUUUCUUACAUUUCACGUCUAGUGGACACGACCCUGAACUGUUGGUUACGGCAAAGGAAUUUGGGGUAUAAUAUUUGAUGAUUAGUUUACGUUUGCUUUUGUAUUUCCUAUCCUCUUUUUGUAUUUCCCAAUAUUUUCCUAAUAAUCCCACAUUGUUAAUUUGUGUAUUUUCACUCCGUAUGUGUAGCCUGGCAAAGAACGGACAAACUGUAGACUGAACUGGAAGAGAAUCAUGGCAUGAGGAGAAUUUACUACAGAGCGUCUGUCUGUCUGUCUGUCUGUCCACAGAUUAUCCACUACCAUUACACCUCUGUCCCUGACAGUAUAUAAAUGAUUUUCCUUGUGA